CUGGCUUUUGUUGCCGUACAGAACACAGCGGGCGGAGAGUGUCCAUGUUCAGCGAGUAGACAGUCGGCAAAGUUAAUGGCCGUAGGGUCAAGGGGGGCAUGAAGCCUGCGACUUCACCUCUCUCCGUUCCAGCACUAGGCGUGUUCUAGCUGCACAGAUGCUGUAUUGAGCUGCGACACUGAGGGCAUUUAUGCGUCGACGUCGUGAAAAACUGGUUCUUGAUUCUCUUUCCCGUUCACUAGGUAUCUGCAGCUAGAGUGCUGAAUGUUCACCCGCUCGCGCUUCAUAGGUCUCGAUAAUGCCUGCCGCAAUCUGCACCCGCUGAUGUCGGAGUAUCCUUCAGUCCAAUAGCUUUUGAACGAAUGGCCUGCAUAGUAAGGAGCAAUCACGCAGUCUCUGCUGCUUAAUGUCGCUGACGGAUUGGCCGAACGUCCGGUACGAUGAUGUUGGACUCACCGUACUCUCGAUUUCUAACCGCAUUGUGGCACCAUCUUCUUGGCAGGAGGGUGGCGAUGAAGGACUUGACACGCGCUGUCAGUAUCUGCUUGCCAGUCCCAGCACGUUUAUUGGUGUGAUUGCGGCAUUGUCAUCGAAUGCGAAGCAUAAAAGGUGACUCCAUCGGUCUUGAACGCUAUAAGGCGACGAAGCUUCGGAGAGCAGCCGGACCUGUCUGCGUACACGUCCAUGAUUAGCCUACGAUGCCCAGAGCGCGAUCUGUACUUGCGCCCUAUGCGAUUGUUUGUUGGUAGAGUCGUAAGCGACAGAGAGACUGAUUGAAGGGAACACGUCGUGCGAAGACUCCCGGCGAUCUUGCUUUGCCUACGACGUCCGUAAUUGGGCGACGAUGAAUCAGCACUGGAGAUGCGUCAGAGCCGUGGACCUGAGGGGUGUUGCUUGAGGGGUUGGCCUUUGACCAAUUCGCUGUCUGCACUGCUCGGUGGAUCACAGUUGCUGCAUGUAAGAAUAUAUAGAGGAGUGCUGCGUCUGUGGGACUCUUGUUCGCUCUAUUUCGUUAGAAGGUUAUAAUGACGGAUG